CGUAGCUAACCUCGCUAAUCAACAGGCUACGCCGCUGCAGGUCAGACAUGACGAAAUUAAGAUGACUAUUGAGGAAAAGGGUGAGAAAUGAUCACCGUACGUGUCAAAAGUACUUACCUCGAAACCAGUAAUGCUAAACAAAUGUAACGAAAAUCAAGCUUAACUCUUUUACUACGCGGACCUUUUUAAAUGGUAUUGGUCACAAAACAUCCUCUGCCUGGUUUGUAGUGGCAUUGGUGGCUUUACGAAAGAAGAACAGCGGACGUUUAAAUUUGCCCCUAAACUGAAGAGGUGAUCCUAACUUUAAAAUGUCGUGGUUCUACCAUGUCUGUCCAAGUUCAACCCAGCAUCAGAUCGCUGAUAUGACCCCCACCCCAGCCAACACACUUCUUUCUAGGACUCAAUACUCCAAUACCGCAAAUCCGCCAACACUUGGGGAACCUAUGCAAGACUGGCUGAGCUGCUCCUCCACCGGCCGAGAAGACUUCUCUGCAGCUCCACAACCAGCAGCACCACCCAGCCUUGAGAACCUGUCAUGCAGCUCUCUGAGUUCAUGCACGGAUGGAGAAUCUGUGUCCAUCUCAUAUAUUAGCCUGCAGGAGCAGCGUUGUGUCUUGAGCUGGUUCUUGGGUUGGACCACCGUUCAGAGGGAGCGCUUCAUGCAGGACCUGCUUGGUAAAGCUGUGCCUGGUAAAGUGUGCACCCUCCUGGAAUCCCUCAAUACUCUGCAGGUUAAAGACAGACCACCAAACAUCUUUGAAUGCCAGCUGCGCCUCUGGACUCAGUGGUUUGAGUCAUGGAGUGAGGAGGAGAGGAACCGGUUCCUACACAUUCUGGAAGAGAAGGAUGCAGUAUUUGUUGCCCAUUUCUACAGGAGUGUAGCUGGAACUGCUGGAAGGGAAUGACGGAUGCUGGUCAAUUGGAAAAAGCUUCGAUGCAUCAUUUUGGCUUUUUUUUUUCUUUAUGUAAUGGAAAGAUAAGGUUAUGUGAUGGAAAGAUAGGGUUAUAAUCAACUGU